AUGGCUCCGACGGGAUUAAGUCUGCUGCCGGCUCUCACCUCAGGAAAAUUCUCUGAUCUGACUAUUCGCUGUGGCGAGUAUGCAUGGAAAGUUCACAAAGUAGUCCUAUGCACGCAUUGCAAGUUCUUCGACAAUGCUUGUAGCAACGGCUUCUUGGAAGCGGAAACUAGUACUAUUACUCUCAAUCAUGAUCGUCCUAUAGCCGUUACCGGAAUGCUGGAGUGGUUUUAUUCCGGAGACUACACCUACACCUACCCUGGGGACGAAAACGACGUCGCAACCGCAAACGAAAACCUGUACAAACUCUCUAACGUCCAGGUCUACAUACUCGCCGAGAAGUACGCCAUCGACAAGCUAAAGGAGCUGGCCUGGGACUACAUUCAAGAGGCCCAUUCGGACCUUACUAUUGACUCCGAAGAAGACACUGUUAAGUUCAUGGAGACGGUUUCAAUGGCCUAUGAAGACCUCCCUGAUACGGAUCAUCUGCGCCCCUUUAUCGUCGAGAUCGCUGUUGACCGUGUUAAGACCCUCUUUCGGUAUGCUCAGUUUGAAGAGUUUCUUAGGGACGGUAGUGAAUUCGCUGUCGAUAUGUUGCGGCUAUCGGUGCAAAGCGGUCAGGUAGAGCAUAGAUCCACCAUAAGCAGCGGGGACCGCCGGCCUAGGGCCUAA